AAGUGUGAUACGUAAAUAAAUAUGGUUCGCAUUAAAAAUCGUUAUAUAGUUGUGCGAAUUGUACCACAAGAACCAACAAAGGUACUAAACUUUCACGACGGUGUACUAACGAAAUGUGUGCUGCGCAAUGUGAAGAAAUACCAAGGCGACUAUGGACUGGGCAUUGUUGAGCACGGCUUUCGGGUGAAGUACUGCAAUGAACGGACUAAGGUGGCCAUAAUUCGAUGUCUACAUCGUUCACACCGCAUAGUGGCAAGCACAUUGCCAUUGAUAACAAUGAUAGGUGACGUUCGCGCUAAAUUCCAUACUCUCUACACUGGCGCUACUAUAAUACAAUGCAAUAAAUUUAUAAUAAGUCAUCAGCAACGAUUUUUAGAUGAAAUGGUGGGCCAAAUCGCCUCGGCAAAGGAGCGUAAGGACUUUAUUAAACGUGUUAUGGAGUUUGAUUUAGAACAAUAAUUUACAACAAUUUUGUCUAAUUUUUUGAUAUUUUAUUUACAUAUAACUAUAAGCAAUUAAGAGUGAACUCCUUUGUACAUACAUUUAUAUAUAUUUAAAUUUUCGUCAUACAACCAUAUACAUAAAAUUAUAAUCAAAGCUAAAAUAACUUUUAAGUUAGUUCAGCAACAUAUAUUAUUAUUUACCCUCGAUUAAGUAUAAUAAAGAUUACGUCACACAUGUACGUAUAUACAUUAUAA